AUGAAGUGCCGUCGGCUUCCGAACGGGACACGACAUGGCGUGGAGCGAUCCACUUGUGUCCCUCAUCGUGUGGGAGGACCUUGCAGUCCAUCUUAUUUUGCCGAGCGUCUCUGGAAGGAAGGACAACUCAUGAAGGAUGCAGUGUGGGAGACGAACAGCUGGAAGCGGAAUUCAUCAAUGCUCCAUGAGGUCUGCUGCAGCAAAGAGUACGACGACGAGCCGCCAGCACCUUUGCAGCUUGAUCACCCGUUACUGCAGGCCAUCCCUGGUCUCGGAACGUACGGCAUGCCUUGCCUGGAGCGUCACUGGAGCGAGGGGAAGCUUUGCAAGGCCACAAUUUUCGAGGACGAUGAAGAAGAGUUGGCAAGCUUACGGGCUUCCCGACUUUCGCAUAGCCUCCAAAGCACGGCUUUUGAUCUUUAUCCCGUCUUAGCAGCUGAUGUCGAGUAUCAGCUGGUCGGUGAAAGGUCCUCUGGCGGCAAUGCCCGCGGAAAGGAUGGCAAGAAGGGUGGCAAGGGAAAGGGCAAAGAUAGAGGGAAAGGAGACAAAGAAAAAGGAAAUUCUCAGAAGCAGCAAAGCCAGGAUCAAGAAGGUGGUGAGAAGACUGGCGACGGCGAGGAUGCCAAAGGCAAAGAAGGAGGCAAAGGCAAAGGAAAGGGCAAGGGAAAGGGAAAGAAGGGCAAGGUAGCGACCAAGAUUGCCUGGGGAGAGCCUUGCUUUGUCGGCCGGCUUCGCAACUACAACACAGAGAAGAAGGCAGGCAUCAUCGCCUGUGCAGAGGCUUACGCCAUUUGUGGUCAGGAGGUCUACGCUUAUGGCUCAGUUCUCGAGACCGCCAAAGUUGGUGUGGGCGACACGCUGGUGUUCUUCAUCCACUGGUCUAGCUGGGGCCAGCCGCAGGCCUCUUACGAGUUGCUGAGAAUAUCCGCCGUUAACGGCAUGGCCCUGAAAGGCACUUACAAGGCUGCCGAGGCCGACAAGGGCUUUGGCUUCAUUGACUGCCCUGAUGCCAAAGAAUAUUUUGGCAGAGACGUGUAUGUCAACAAGGAGUUUGCAGCCGGUCUCCAGACAGGGCAGCAGGUGAGCUUCAAUGUGAAGCUGAACAGAGACAUGAUGCCGAACGUCACAGAGGUUGCCCUGGUGGAUGAAGACUGGGAACCUAGUCCGGGCGACCUGAGCGAAACCAAAGAUGCGGAAGAUGUGCCGCCUUCAUGGGAGUCCAGUGCCAUCGCAGGUGUCCACAUGUCUGGCUCACGUCGUGGGGGCGUGCCCCAAGCCACUGGUGAGUUCUUCACUGCAGAGUUCAAGACUUUCAAUGAAGCUAACGGCUGGGGCUUCGUCGGAUCUGAUGAGCUAAGGGCCAGGUUUGGCUCGGACGUGUUUGCUCACAAUCGGGAGCUGGAGAAUGUUCCGAACAAGGCAGUCGGCGAGAUGGUCUACUUUGAGCUGGGCAUGACGGAGGAUGGCAAGCCACAAGUGCUUAAUGCACAGCCUGCAGGUGCAGUGCCUGUGCCUGUCGCGGCCAUCCCUGUGGCUGAUGACACCACGCCAGAUGCGGCGCCAGCGCAAGAUGCAGCGGCACCAGCACCCGCGCAAGAUGCAGCAGCCCCGGAUGCGGCGCAAGCGCCAAGUGCUGCACCUGCGUUAGACGCAGCACCGGUGCCAGAUGCGGCCCCGGCACCAGUGGCCCCUGCACCAGCUGUUCCAGCACCCGCUGCCGAUGUCACCGCGACAGCGGAUGCGGCAGCAUCUGCACCGGUACCGACAUUAGAUGCCUCAGCACAAGUGCCAGCAAAUGCGGCCAUUCCAUCGGAUGCUACAAUUGCACCAGAUGCCGCAUCGACUCCCAGUGUCGCUGCUCCCGAGGGACUGCCCUCAGAAGCUCCAGAUGCAAUCGCUGAGCCACCGGCGAAAAAGCAAAAGACGGAGGAGUCUCCAGGAAAUGGGGAAGCGAUGGCCGUUGACAGCGUAGGCGCAGAAGGGACCUAG